UGGUUGCUCAGCACAUGUGCUCUCCAGGUCGGGGUGGUCGAGAAGGCGAUGCACUUGCACAUCUUGUGGCGCUUUCUCAGCUGCAUGCCGCUGUCUACGGCUGGCAGCCUCUCGGUUACCGCACUCGUCGAGCAGGUGCGGACGCACUGGUGGCGCGCCAUGAGCGCGGCUCGAUCGCCUCCCGGCGUUUGUGCUGCUGCCCCCCACCUGAGAGAAGUCGUGGGCUCUUUCUUGGUGGAUCUUUGCCAGUUCUCCUCCGCGGCUCGUCAAGAGGAGACUGUAUCGCGACAGCAGUGGGUCGUUCAGGUGGCAACUCAUUUGCUGUUUCAUGCGAUGUCUUCGUGCGAUGUUCAGCCGGCUUUGGAGACGGCGUUUAGACCUGAAGGCGGCAGCAUGCAUGAUCGCUUCGUGGCGCUGGUGUUGCGCUUGUACGACAUUCUGACCGAUCUCAUACGGACGCAGCUUCCUGUGGUGCCCUCGGAUCUUCCGACGGGCCGCAUAACGUCGUUACCGGCACUAGUGGACGAAGUGCUGUCGCUGAUUUACACGCACCGACAAUUCGAUGCGCUGCGAGCCGAGGUCUCGACGCUACUAUUGGGGCAAGUGAUGGCUGUCGGGGAUCUAUUCCGCGUCUUCGUCGCGCAGUGUCGCGGGCUACGACAGGCUAGGCAGCCCGCUGCAGCUACCGUCCUGACUCUCCAGCGAGCGAGAGAUCGUGGCCUUUUGGCGACAAAAUGGAGUCGUCGAUGGUUGCUCGAGCCCAGCUCCAUCCACGUCGCCAGCCUGUCCCAAGCGGCCGAAAGCCCGUCGACCGUUCAGUUUGCGCAGUGGCUGCAUGACUUCACUUGCAUUGACCUGGCGCUUCACCGCGACGGCGAUGCAUCGAUACAAGUACUCGGCGUGCGCUCCGCACUGCCUGUGCUAAGCGGGGUGUUCGGGGGCACGGAGCUGGUGCUAGACGGGUCUCUGCGAGCGUUUUCGCUGACUCCGAGUGGCAUCGCAUCGACGAUACCGACGUGGGGAGGAUGGCCCAUCGGCGACUACGCGGCGAUAGUCUCCGACCGUCCAAACGAGAUCGAAGUGGAGAUCUACGCCUUCGUGGAGAGAGACCUGCGC